AUGACCAAGUUAGUGUAUUCUAUCCCCAAAGAGUUCCAGGAGUGGUACAAUAAGUCCAAGUUUCUCAAGAUCCAGGGUUUCAGUUUUCAUGACGUUUUUCGCGACAGCAGUGAACGCGUCAGUUUUCAAUCAACGUCCCAGCCUGCGAAUAUGGACGAUUACAUCUUUGGCUCAUUCCUCAGUUGCUUCAAUGAUACCGUUGUGAGGAAGUCGUUACGUCUGAUGGUCACUGCUAAUGGGCGUGUUAGGAUGAUCCCUGAGAAGGCGAGGAAGGGAGAUUUGGUGGUUGUGCUGUUGGGUUGUAACGUACCUGUAUUGUUACGGCGGUCCAGUACGGCAGAAGAGAAUACGUACACCCUUGUCGGAGAACGUUUCUUAGAUGAGGCGAAGAGGACUCUCCUCUGA